UCUGGACAAUUUUUACAGAAGGUGUAAACGCUCCAUUAGAGAGACGUUAUAGAAUAUUUGCAUAUGUAUUGAUAUGUGUAUUAAAUCUAUUUUCCGAAAAUGUGAAAUUAUCGUUAUCGUUCUGAAAUUUUUAAAGUUCUAUUUCACUUCAUAUACAAAGUGUUUGUUUUCAAGUGCAUUAACAGGCCUUUAAUGUAAAAAGUCAUAACAACAUAAUGUGCGAUGCUCCAUGUAAAUAUUUGGGAAAAUAUUAACAAAUCGUGAGGAGAGUGGAAUCUGUAUACACAGUGAAGCAUAUUUUAGAUAAUGGAGUGUCAGUGUUUGCAAUCAUUGAGAAACAUUACUACGAAUAACGAAGAAAAAAAGGUCAAAGGAGAACGGAAGAAUUUAGGAGGUAAAAUUAAAACAAGACAAGAUGUUAAGGAAAAAAGUACGUGAAAUUCCAAGGAAAAAUUCAUAAGCAAUGGAUGAGAUUCGCAGUCGUCUCUCACAAAUAUCAGAUCCAAUUAGUCGAAUAACUUCGGACUUUGGCUCAAAUUCAGCGCCAUGCAGUCCACGUCUUCGUGUUCGAGUUCACGACUCAUCGCCAGAAGAAGGAGGAGGAGGAGGUGGUGGACGAGGAGGAGUAUCGUCCGGUGAAUCCGAUGGAUCACGUGGACGAGCCGAGUUCAUUGGCUCAGAGAGUCCGAGAUUUAAUUCACGGCGAAUUUGUCAGGCACCAGUGCCACCGCCUCGACCACGGAAUAAAGACAUAAAUAUAUCGCCACGCGAUUCACCUUACGUUAAUGUUCAAAAUCUUCUCUUCCAUAAAAAUGAUAAUUCAACGCAAGCGGCGCGAAAUGCAGGAUACGUUGAAUUAAAAGACAGCAGUGGUGGUGACAGUGGCAAAAGGUCAUUUAAAUGCAGUCCCUAUACAUUCACAUCCGAGUCAAGUGGUCAAGUUGAAUAUGCAGAUAAAAGGAUAUUCGAUCAACAAACUGGUUUUGGACAGAAAUCCUUUGAGAACAAAGCGAGCGAUUUACAGAAUUUCAGUUUAAAUUCGCCAUACGAUAUUGCAUUGUCAACGAGUCGCGGUGGUAAUUUUGAACGAUCAUUUUCGUUUAGCAAUAAAAAACAUUAUCAACAAGAUGGAGGGAGUCAACAUUAUUCGGGAGAUAAUCAAUUAUUUGUGGAUAAAACACCGUCAAGUGCCAGUGGAACAAUGGAUGGGAAAAGGGAAUCUAGUUUUGUUUACAGUGCCUCGAAAAGUUUCGAUGGAUUUUCAAAUACCGUCGAGGAAUUUAAUUGGCAGGAACGAUGUUUGGAACUUCAAUUAGAACUCCAUAGGAGUCGGAGUCAGGCGACGAGAAUUCGAGAUAUGCUGCGUGAAAAGCUCUCGGAACUUGAACAACGAGUCUUGGAAGCUGAGAGCAGAGCUGACGAUGCUGAAGAUAAGGUGCGCAUGAUGGAGGAACGCUUAGUAAAAGGUGAAUAUUGCCUAAGUGCUUCAAGAGUUGGUUCUCCUCCACAUUCAUUGCCAUCAACUUCUGCCUCUCAAAGUGAUACAAUCGAAGACGUUCAUUGCGCGUGUAUAUCGAAAUUGGAGACACAGGUGGAGGAACAGAGACAAUUACGUUUGCAAGACGCAAGACAAGUUGAAGCAAAAGCCGCAAGAAUUAAGGAAUGGGUAACAAAUAAACUUCGCGAGCUUGAACAACAAAAUCAACAUCUCCGAGAACAAAAUAAUAAAUGCAAUCAACAAUUGGAAUUAUUACGAAAUCACAUAACUAACAUUGGAUUGAGACCACCUAUUUCUUCGAGAGGAUUAUUGUCUCUUGAAGUUGAUCCUAUGCUGCGGAGACAAUCCGAAAAUCUUGAAGAAUCAUCGCAAACGGUAGCGGAAGAUAUUCAAAGUGUUUCCGAAUCGCAAACAGGUUUAAGGCACAGAAGGCAUUUAUCGGUUUGCGGAAAUAUUCAAGGAGUCAUUAACACCAGCAAUAUGGAUUCGAGUUUGUUAUCCGAGGAACUGGCGGCAGCGGUGGAAAAUUUGGUAAUGUUACCAAGUAUGACUGGAGUAUCGGAUUCAAGUAGAAACAGUAAUUCGGAAACAAUUCACGAUUAUGCUGAAAUAUACACUCCAAGUAGAGAGGGAAUUAAUUGGAAUCAACCCACGAGUCAAGAUCCACGACCACCUACGCCUCCGCUUCAUAGGUUUCCUAGUUGGGAAGCAAAAAUUUAUCAGAUUGCAGACGGUGGAUUGGGCAUUGGUCCUCCUACCAAUGAAGAAUCUGCGCCAUCAACAACAAAUACAAAUUCCUCAAAGUAUUCGCAAGCAAUGGGACAUAAUUUGGCAGCACAUAAUUCUCAAGGAUAUUGCGAUAUAUCCGUUCCGGUUUACGCCACCGUCAAAGGUCGCGCGAGUCAAAUCAGAUCGAUUCCAUUUGGCGAUAGUUCUGACGAUAGUUCCGACGGCGAAGAUCAUCCAAAUCAGCUCGAAUCAAAUACGAGAAUAACAAACAGUUCGUCUGAUAAUACGGAUUCGUCACUUGCGAGUAGCAGCAGUCCAUCGAAAAGUGUUAAAACAACGAGCAGUUUGAGUCCGGCGAAAAGAAGUUCGAAUGGCUCGCCAAGCAAAAGUGUCAAGCGUGAUACAUCUUUAGAAUCGGGAUUGUCUGAAGAUUACGCAAUACCUCCCGACGCUCUCAGUUUAACGUCAUUAGAAUCCAGUAUUCCUAAUUUAUUAAUGCGAGUCUCCGGCGAUAGUCCGAAACGACAGGAGUCUCUAGAGAAAGCCGGUCAAUUGGCAAAACUUGGCGGCAAACUGAAAACGUGGAGAAAACGGUGGUUUGUACUGAAGAACGGCGUAUUAACUUAUUGGAAGAGCCAGAAUGAUAUUAAUCGUAAACCGCAAGGGCAAAUUAUUUUAGAUGACGUCUGCAGAAUAAAUAGAGCCGAUGGUGCAGCUACUUUCGAAAUAGCGACGGGGAAAAAGACUUAUUAUUUAACAGCCGAUUGUAUUGCGACUAUGGAGGAUUGGAUAAGAGUUUUACAGAAUAUUCAAAAACGAAAUGCAACAAAACUCUUGUUAAACGGCGAAGAGAAUAAGCCGACAAUUCAAGGAUGGCUCACGAAAGUCAAAAAUGGUCACUCAAAGAAAUGUUGGUGCGUUCUUAUCGGGAAAAUGUUUCUUUAUUUCAAGUGUAUGAACGAUACGAAUCCAAUUGGUCAGAUAAAUAUGAGAGAUGCUCGCGUGGAGGAAGUGGAACACGUAUCGGACAGCGACAGCGAGGAAAGAGAUUCUGAAUGUCCUUAUGAGCGAACGAUUGGAAUAUUUCCAACGCAUCAGUGUCCAACUUAUUUAUUAAUUCCACACAAACAGGACAAGGACAAUUGGCUCUAUCAUUUAACAGUCGUUUCCGGUGGUGGACCAAAUGCAGGAACACAAUACGAACAACUAGUACAAAGAUUGAUGGAAACUGACGGCGAUCCGAGUUGUGUUCUUUGGAGACAUCCUCUACUUUUACACACUAAAGAAAACAUCACUAGUCCAUUAACCAGUUUGAAUUCCGAAUCAUUACAAACUGAAGCUAUUAAAUUAUUCAAGGCGUGCCAAUUAUUUAUGUCAGUGGCAGUGGAACAGGCGGGAAUCGACUAUCACGUGGUUCUUGCACAAAAUGCAUUGCAGCAGUGUUUGGAUCAACCUGAACUCCAGUCGGAAUUCAUUUGUGCAUUGGUAAAGCAGACAAGUCGUCACGUUCAGCAACGAUUAGGCGUACAGGUAAAAAAGGCCGCAAGACUAGUGUCGCUGGGUACUGCGCGCGUUCAACUCCUACUAUGCGCAACGCAAUCUCUCUUCACCUGCGAUACGCAAAACCCCGCGGCAAACGGCGGUGGUGAAAAUGCGGACGUUCUGUCGACGGCUUCCACUUCUCACAGUCCUCCGCUCACACAGGGACAUUCAACGUCAAACGUCCUCGAGUGCAAAACGAAUCCAGCCCAAUAUGUUCUGGUCCAAGGAUGGCAACUAUUGGCACUCGCCGUCUCAUUAUUUUUGCCCCGAAAUAAUCGUCUUCUAUGGUACCUGAAAUUACACCUUCAAAGAAACGCCGACUCCAAAACCGAAUGUGGCAAGUAUGCGGCGUACUGCGAAAGAGCUUUGGAGAGAACAUUGCAGAAUGGCGGAAGGGAAGUGAAACCAUCGAGAAUGGAAGUGCUGUCGAUUUUAUUGAAAAAUCCCUAUCAUCAUUCAUUGCCACACGCGAUACCUGUUCAUUUUUUGAAUGGCACUUAUCAGGUUGUAAGCUUCGAUGGAAGUACAACAAUCGAGGAAUUUCUCUCGACGUUAAAUCAGGAGAUUGGUUGCCGUGAUGUUCAUCAAUCUGGUUUCACUCUAUUCAGCGACGAUCCAAUUGAAAAAGAUCUCGAACACUUUAUUGAUCUUCAAUCAAAGUUGUGUGACAUAAUUUCAAAGUGGGAAACCGCCUUGAGGGAGAAGGGAUCGGGCAAAUUUGAAAAUACAAGAGUUAUACAAUUGACGUACAAAUCGAGAUGCUAUUGGCGGCAUGCGGCGAAAAUGGAGACAGAUCGAGAAAGACUUUUAUUGUGUUAUCAAGUAAAUCUUCAAGUGGUGCAAGGAAAAUUUCCUCUGAAUCGCGAAUUAGCUUUUGAAUUAGCAGCACUGAUGGCUCAGAUUGACUUUGGAGAAUAUAAUACUGAUAAGGUGCGAGGGAGUGGACAAGGCAGUGGUAAUCAUCUCGUUUUGCAAGCACUAGAUAAGUUUUACCCCAUUAGGUAUCGGUCUAAUAUAACUGCUGAUCAACUCAGAGAUUUACAAGAAAAAUUGCAGGAGAAGUGGAUUUCACUUAGAGGACGCAGUACUUUAGAUUGUGUUAGAAUAUAUUUAACUUGUACAAGAAAAUGGCCUUUCUUCGGUGCAACCUUAUACCAAGGGAAGAUAAAGCAAAGUGAACAAAUUACCCUUUGGAUUGCUGUUUCUGAGGACAGUGUGACUUUAUUAGAAACACAAACAAUGGCAGUGAGAUGUCGUUAUAAUUAUUCGAAUAUAAUUACUUUUGGAGGAUGUUUAGACGAUUUUAUGUUAGUAGCAUGUCCAGACGAAGGUGCUGCAGAACAAAAGCUUUUGUUUAUUCUCAGUAAACCGAAGAUUUUAGAAAUAACACUUCUGAUUGCUGAUUAUAUGAAUGCCUUGGGUCACACAUUGCCUGGAACACCACAAAUGAAUACUUUAACGAGAAAUGGUUCUCAUAGAUCUCUCAAGUCUACAAUAAAACUCCAGACUGGUUCAAGCUGUCUUCCAACUCAACCUGACAUUCUGAAAUCAACUCCAGACCAACAAAGACAUUAAUAAAUUAUUUCAUGUAUUUAUAUAUCAUUGAUUAGAGUACCUCAGAAGUUUAUAAUAAUUUGUAAACAUUCUGGUUAUAUAAAAGCUUUAAAAACAAAAACUACAUCAUAGGCUUCAAUUUAAAUAUUGAAGUUAGAACUGAAAGAAGCUAAUUAAAAAAAAACAAUACGAUGUGAAUGUAUUAUAAAAUUGUGCUGUAUGUUUAAAACUUAUUCUUGACUUCUGUAUUUCAUUAGAUUGUUAAGAAAUGUUUUUGCGAAACAACGAGUAAUACGUUGGGAUUUCAUGUUAGGGUCACAAAUAAGUAAUGAUGAAUUUUUCACAUCUUUUUAUUUUUAAAAAAUGUUCAUAUACAUUUUUUCAAGCAUGUAAAAAGUUUUCUUUUGAAUUCUAUUUUAUUGAUCGGGAAAUUGAGAGCUAAAAAGCAUUUUAAUUUUAAUUUUAAUUUUAAUUUUAAUUUUAACUUUAUGAAUCGAUAUUUAUUUAAAUUUAUCAUUACUUGUUCGUUAAUCCAAUGACUGGCAGCAAAAACUAAAGACGUGCGUGUAAGAUAUUUCUAAACAAAAAGAAAAAAAAAAUUAUCCCGAACACUGCCAAAUAAUCAGUGACUAUAAUUAUUAUCAUUCACAAGAAGAAAAUCGUUAGUUGUUUUUUGGUAUUGUAUUUAUAGAAUGCGAAAAAUUGAUAAGAACUAA